AUGCCGAAGAGCAAGCGCGCCAAGGUGGUGUCCCUGACGCAAACCAAGAAGAAGGACCGCGAGUGGAAGUCAACGCUCAUCGAACGCGUGCGCGACGCGCUGAGCGAAAGAUCGUCCGUGUACGUGUUUAAAUACGAAAACAUGCGGAACGGAACGUUCAAAGAGAUGCGGGCGGCGACGGAGGCGACGACGACGUUCUUCGUGGGGUCGAAUAAAGUACUGCGAGUGGCGCUGGGGCGAGACGCGGAGAGCGAGGCGAGCGAGGGCGCGGCGACGCUUGGAGCGCGCGUGAAGGGCGAUUGCGGCGUGAUGUUUACUAAUUUAUCCCGAGAAGACGUUGAGAGCGUGUUUGAAAGGUUUGCGGUGAAGGAUUACGCGAGAACCGGGGCGUUGGCUAGAGAGACGGUGACGGUGGAGGCGGGACCGGUGCACGGUCCGAGCGGGGCGCUCAUGGAACACACACUCGAGCCGACGCUGCGCAAGAAUGGGAUGCCGACGAAACUGAAUCGUGGAGUGAUUGAGUUGGAGGCCAAUCACACGCUUUGUAAGGAAGGACAACACAUCUCUCCGCAAGGGGCGAUUUUGUUGCGAUUGUUUGGGCACGAGUUGGCCGAAUUCAGGUGUCGUCUGACGUGUGGCUUGGUGAACGGCGAGCUCGAGGUGUACGAGGAAGAUGAUGAAGGCGACGACGGCGAUGAUGGACCCAUCGACCGAUUUGCGCACGACGGCAUCACGGAUUCCAUGAUGCUUCCUCCGGGAGUCAAGUAGACUGACGCGUACCUUCGUAAUAAACACAACGUAGUUCAAAUCGACAAACGACGUUCAUCUCUACAAGGCAUCACUGCCGCUAUCGCUAUAGUACUUUUCAACAACCUCACGCACAAACCAGUCCAGCGAGAGUUGCAUGUGUCUCGCGGCCGGCACGAGUCGCGCCUCCAGUCGACCGUCGGCGUCGAGCGCCGCCAAGCCAAGACUCUCGUACACGACGUCGUUCCUAUCGUACGGGAUUAUUUCCGAUCUGUUACUUCCGCCGACCACUCGCGAUCCAAACCACGAACUUUCUUUCGGGAACACCAUGUCAUCGAAUUCGAACAUGAACAUUACGAAUCGCUCCAACGACGUCAACGCCUCGCGCCGAGACGCUCCGUCUCUCUCGUUCGCGGUCCCCUCGUUGUUCACCCACGGCAAGAACGCGUUCGUCUCCAAAUAGCGCUGGUAUUUUGCGUUCGUGGACGUAUCCCGAAAGUACUGCGCCUGCACGAUGCGUCGCCGCGCGAAAUCGCUCGCCGAUAACGCGCUCGCCAUCGCGUUCAUCGCUCGACACGCGCGCGAAAUCGUCGCCCAAUCCCCUCCGCAUCCCGGCAACGCAUCCACGCCCAAAUGCUGCGCCCCAAACGUCACCAACGUCGUAAACUUUACCCCGUCGCACGUCUCCACGAGCGCUCUCGCGAACUGCCCUCCCUGCGAGAACCCGAGCGCGUGCGUUCGCGUCGUCCCGCUCGCUCGCCGCGUCUCGUCCCCGACCACCGCCUCGCACACCGCGCUCACCUGCGCCGCGACGUCGCCGACGUACGAGCUGUAUCGAUCCCCACCGCCACCAUCGAUUCGCACGCUUCGCGCGCACGCGCUCGGGCGUCGCGCGAGCGCCAGCGCGAGUUCGUCCAAGCCUUCGCCCGUGUCUCCCAUCCCGUGCCAGAGGUAAAACCAAUCGCGCGUCGUCUCGUCGCACGCGCCGCGCGAGACGAAGCUCGCGCGCGGCGUCGUCGACGCGAGCGCGCCGAGCGCGAGCGCGCCGAGCGCGCGCAUGGACGCG